AAAAUACCUGGCUCAAGAUUUUAGUCUCUUAAAAUAAAUACAUAGGUUAAUACCGGGCUACAGUUUUUUGUAUUUUUGAAUAAAUAUAUGGGUUGUCAAUAUAGCUAAUAUAUUUAGAUAAUUACAAAAUUGAAAUUAAACCGUGAAUAUAGAAAAAGUAAGCUUUGUUUUUUUGCUUGUGUUAGAAAGGGCUAUAUUAGCAAAGUCAAUACCCUUGUACACUGAGAAGAAAGCUAGAACGAGUAAGCUCUUGUUUAGCAGUUUGGCUGUCCCAGACCAUCUUUAUUUUGGCUGUAAUGUAAACCGCCUUAUGAAUUGUGAUGCUACCCAUUUUACGCACUGCUACAUCCGCAAUGAAACAAUGUACUUGUUUGUUCUUUUUUACAGUUGAACAAUGUCAGCUCCACCAAAGAAGAGGACUAUAGUGGAAAGUGGAGAUGGAGGUCUUGGUUUGGGCCUUGCUGCAUUUAUUACAAAUGGUGAGGAUUUGGGUCCCAUCAUUCGCCAUUCAUUUGAAUCUGGAAAACCUGAAGCUCUCAUGCAUAAUCUUAGAAGCAUUGUGAAGAAGAAGGAAGUUGAGAUUGAAGAGCUAUGUAGACUUCACUAUGAGGAUUUCAUUGUUGCUGUUGAUGAACUACGUGGUGUGUUGGUCGACGCUGAGGAGCUGAAGGGCAUGCUCUCUGGUGAGAAUUCUCACCUGCAAGAGGCUUCUACUGCCCUACUAUUUAAGCUUGAUGAACUUCUUGAGAUAUGUUCUGUCAAGAAAAAUGUGGGGGAGGCCAUAACAACACUAAAGAUUUGUAUCAAGGUCUUCAGCUUGUGCAUGACAUGCAAUAAUUAUAUUGCAGAAGCUAAGUUUCAUCCUGCACUGAAGACUUUAGACCUGAUUCAGAAGGGCUACUUGAAUAGCAUUCCUUUGAAGCUUCUCAAAAAGGUGGUGGCGAGACAGAUCCCAUUGAUAAAGCUGCACAUUGAGAAGAAAGUUUGUAGCGAGUUCAAUGACUGGCUUGUUCAUAUCAGAAGAAUGGCCAAGCAGAUUGGCCAGGUCUCUAUAAACCAGGCUUCCUUAGCAUGCCAGAAAGAUGAGGAAAUGCGAGCUCGGCAGAGAGAAGCUGAAGGGCAUAGCCAUGCUGGACCAGAUGAGCAUCUGUAUUCAUUAAAUCUAGAGAAUAAAGAAGAAGAAUCAGCAUUAGAUUUUGAUGUCACGCCAGUGUACCGGGCGCAUCACAUGCACAUAUGUCUUGGUAUAGGGGAGAAGUUCAGAGACUAUUACUACAAGAAUAGGCUUAUGCAACUCAACUUGGACAUGCAGAUUUCCACUUCACAACCAUUCCUGGAGUCCCAUCAACUCUACCUUUCUCAGGUAGCUGGAUUUUUUAUCGUUGAAGAACGUGUUCUUCGAACUGCAGAUGGAUUGUUGUCUGAGAGCCAAGUGGAAACAACAUGGGAGACAGCUAUUGCCAAGAUAACAUCUAUAUUGGAGGAGCAGUUCUCACGUAUGCGUACAGCCAGCCACUUCCUCCUCAUAAAAGAUUAUGUCACUCUUCUAGGUGCAGCCGUCAACAAAUACGGUUAUCAAAUCACACAGUUGAUUGAAGUUCUUGAGAAAAGUAGGGACAAAUACCAUCAAUUGCUUCUUCUUGAGUGUCGGAAGCAGAUAGAUGAUGUCCUCACUAAUGACUCGUAUGAACAGAUGGUUAUAAAGAAGGAAUAUGAGUAUAACAUGAAUGUGACAGCAUUUCAUCUGGAAUACGAUGAUGCGAUCCCUGAUUUUCCAUAUGUGGCACCAUUCUCCUCUUCUGUUCCAGAGGUCUGUCGUAUCGUUCGGUCCUUCAUCGAGGAUUCUGUCAGCUACUUGUCAUAUGGUGGUCUCAUGAACAUCUAUGAUGUGGUGAAAGUGUACCUAGACAGGCUAUUGAUUGAGGUAUUGAAUGACAGUCUUCUGAACAUGAUAUAUGCUCGCUCACUGGCCAUGUCACAAAUGAUGCAACUUGCUGGUAAUAUAUCUGUUCUUGACCAAGCUUGUGAUAUGUACCUCUUGCACUCUGCCCAUUUGUGCGGCAUUCCCAAGCGAGUUGCUGAGAGAUCUCAUUCUGGUUUGACUGCUCGAGCUGUGCUAAAAGCCUCACAGAAUGCAGUGUAUAAUUCUCUAAUAAACCUAGCCAAUUUCAAGGUUGACGAGUUCAUGGUGCUUUUGGAAAAUGUUAACUGGAUCACGGAGGAUGCCCCAGAUGAUGCGAAUGACUACAUGAACGAGGUCCUGAUCUAUCUUGAAACACUAGUAUCAACAGCCCAGUCAAUUCUACCUUUGGAAGCUCUAUACAAGGUGGUUUCUGGUGCAAUUAGCCACAUCUCGGACUCUAUAAUGACAACACUUCUAAACGAUGGUGUGAAAAGGUUCACUGUCAAUGCAAUUUUAGGACUCGAUAUCGACUUGAAAAUGUUGGAGGCAUUUGCAGACGAGAAAUUUGAUAGCACAGGGCUGUUGGAUUUGGGCAAGGAAACAACUUUCAGAGAUUGUUUGGUUGAAAUUAGGCAGCUUGUCAAUCUCCUGCUCAGUAGCCAGCCCGAGAACUUUAUGAACCCGGUGAUAAGGCAGAGGAACUAUGGAUCAUUGGACUACAAGAAGUUGGCCAUCAUUUGUGACAAGUACAAGGAUUCUGCAGAUAGUCUGUUUGGGAGCCUUUCGAACCGCACUAAUGUGAAGCAAAAUGCUCGUAAGAAAUCUAUGGACGUUUUGAAGAGAAGGCUUAAGGAUUUUAGCUAAACUUAGGUUUUUUGCAUUCACAAAUAAGUUGUUGGCGCUACAAUAUCCACCUUUUAGGUGUUCUUAAAGCACUUU